AUGGUACGAGCGACAAUGCCUGGAAUGCACACAGGCCAGCUGCUUUUGCUGCUCCUCUGUGGCGUAGAGAGUGCUGAAUGGCCCCGCACCAGCGGUGGUUCGGUGAUCGGAAUUACGUUGCCAUCCAGUGCCGGCGGUGCUGAAGUUGAUCAGUUUCUCGGGGUUCCUUUUGCAACAGCUGAGAGGUUCCAGCCCCCCGUCGACUUCCGCGGCACCUAUCCUGACGGCACCAUUCAUGCCAAAAUGUGGGGUCCUGCUUGUAUGCAAGUGGCAACUGAUCCAUCGCAAACUUACGGGAGCGAGGAUUGCUUGAAGGCCAACGUGUGGAGCCCACGCAAGACAUCGGAUACAAAGCUUCCAGUUAUGGUCUUCAUAUACGGGGGCUCUAACCAGUUUGGCGAAGCUGAGCCAUACAACAUGAGCGCGCUGGCUGCUUUCCAUGAUGUGGUCUGCGUUUCCUUUAACUAUCGGACUGGACCACUUGGAUGGAUGGCAUUCCAGGAGGAUGUCGAUGCCAAAAAGUCCACGGGCAACUGGGGGAUCUUGGACAUUCAAAGUGCGUUGCGCUGGGUGCAAAGGGAGAUCGCGGCAUUUGGAGGUGAUGCUGCCAGAGUGGCAAUUCAUGGGCAAAGCUCGGGAGCAAGCCUCGUAGAGCUCCAGUACGUCGCCCCUGAGUCCAAUGGCCUCUUCCGCGGCGCCAUCAGCGAGUCAGGCAGUUUGAGCGCCGGCCGCCUUCCCAUCGCACUCACCUCCGCCACGGUCAUCGCGGCAAGCGUGGGCUGCCUGACGCCAAGCCAUACCGCCAACAAGACCUGCAUGGCUGCAGUCUCGGCGGUGAAUCUGACGCGCACCACCUACACGGCCCCUUGGUCCCCGGUGGCAGAUGGCGUGACCUUCCCAGACACGCCCGAGGAGCUUCUGCGAAAAGGUCUCGUGAACGAUGCCAGCAUUGUCCUGGGCGCACAGACCAAUGACAGCAACCUCUUCCUGUUUCGAUCUCACACGAAGGAUGGCCUGGAUCAGCCCAAUGACCGACCUGAUGGCGCUCUGAAGCCAGUUUCUGUGAUGGCCUAUCGAGCUGCACUGUUGGCGCAGGUGGGAAUGAAGAAUUUGAUGCAGGCCUUGAGCUUGUAUCCGCCGGAUCCAGAAGAUGGCAUCAGGAAUGUGCACUUGCUCGGCAACGUGGAGUCAGACAAGAUGCACUGUGCACUGCGACGACGAGCUUCCUGGUUCAACAAGGCUCGCCCAGGACGUGCCUUCACCUAUCGCUUUGAUUACUGGUACACCGGCAAUCCGAACUGCACCGCUGUGCCCAACUUCCACCUCCCCUACCUUGGGGCAGCCCACCAGGAUGAGGUCACCUUUGUCCUGGGUCAGCCCAAUUUCAUGGAGGACGGUAGCUGCUGCGGUGUGUGGGGUCUCACUACUGAUGACUGCCCACACCUCGAUCGCUGUGAAGCCUGCUAUGCCCCGGAGCGCUUUGGUGCAGAGGGCUACCGGGCGUACUUCAACGACAAGGAGUGGAACUUUGCCAGGACAGUGGGCACCUUUUGGACCAAUGUGGCGGGCAGUGGUGACCCCAACUGCCGUGAUGCCAGCGACUGCCUGCCCAAGCUUCCAUGGCCCCAGCACGCGCACGGAGAGAUUGCUCAGAACAUUGUCCUGAAUGCCUCCUUGCCUGGCGGCUCGAUGGCUGAAGCAACGCCGCAUGGACGACCAGAGCUUUGCACUUUCUGGGACUCGCUGGCCAGCGUCAUGGUCCUGGAACCCAAGAGCGAUGCGACCUACGCGAAGACCUACGAACAAGUGCAGCUCCUCAUUGGCACCAAAGCUUACCUUGCCAGAGCCUUGCAGCCAUGGACAGGCGCAUUGGUUGAUGGGCUGCGGCUCCAGCAGCGGCCCCCCGUGCAAGGUGAGCUGCCGCAUGAGGGCUUUUCCCGCGCAUGUGGAAAUUGCAAUGAGACCUGCACGCUCAAGGAGGGCAUUCAGACAUGUAGUCUUUGCAUCGAAGAAGAUGUGUGGGCCGUCUGCUGGAGCUGUGCGAACAACUGCGGUUUCAUUGUAUGUUUAAACUGCGAGCUGCACGCUGCAAUGCUCGGGGACAGCGUGGAGCGGUUGACGGCGGCGUACGCGGCACUUACUACGCACCGGACUUUGCCAACUCCUGCUGAGGACGCCGAAAGGAUCCUGGAGGCGCUCUCCCUGGUGCGCAGGGCCAUGGAAGGCGACAGCGUUGAGCUGUUGCGCUCUGCCCUUGAAGAGGUGCAGGGCAUGGAUGUGUUGAUGGUCAGGAUUCAAGCAGUUCAAGCGUCGGAUCUGCUGGCAGACUGGGAAGAGGUGAAUGCGCGACUGGAAGCUGCCAUUGAAGGCUUCGGUGUGGAGCUGCUGCAGCAGAACCUCGCGGAGGCGCGCUCCGUGGCAGCGCUGCGCCACUCGGAGACCCUGCGGCGUGGGGAGCAGCGCCUGGUGCAGCUGCAGGUGCUGGCCAGGAGUUGA